GAAAGAAGCUGGAGAGAGAGGACGGGAUUAGGGAGAAGACACACUCUUCAAAAUCAGGCGCUCAGUUCUACUUCUCCCAGCCUGGGACCCACCUCCUAAAGGUUCAGACCAAGGCUUUAAUACAUCCCUGGUAGGGAUGAUCAACACCCAAACUGUAGCACCCAGAUGCUGGCUCUCCUCCCAGCCUUUCCCAGAUUCACCUGUAGAUCCCCCCAACCCUUACUUCUGUUCCCUAUGAAGCCCCUCCUGCCAUGUUCUGCGCUGAAGGCCUGGCACUGGGAAUUGUCUUGCAUGAGCCCUUUUCACAGAGUGUCUAUGAGGUAGGACCACAGAGCACACGCCCACACAGGAGUCUACCCCUUGUCAGCCUUUGUCAGAACCCUCUCCCUACGCCCGAGAUCUUCUCAGAUUCUUACUGUUGUGAGAAUUCUAGGCUUCCUGGCCUCAUAACAAUACUAAGGGAAACAAAAAGUUCCAGAAUUCAGAGUCAGGUCAGGGUGGGCCAGGAUCUCAGGCCGGACACAAACUCAGAUCUGUGGCCAGCCCUCUACAACUGUGGAAGCCACCAAGUAGCUCAGCAUGGGCCUGGAGCUCUACAUGGACCUGCUGUCAGCAUCCUGCCGUGCUGUCUACAUCUUUGCCAGGAAGAACAGCAUCCCCUUUGACUUCCAGUUUGUGGAUCUGUUGAAAGGUCACCACCACAGCAGGGAGUACAUCGAGAUUAACCCCCUGAGGAAGUUGCCCAGCCUCCGAGAUGGAAAAUUUGUCUUAUCUGAAAGCGUGGCCAUCCUCUUCUACCUGUGUCGCAAGUACAGCGCGCCUUCGCACUGGUAUCCGCCAGACUUGCACACGCGCGCCCGUGUGGAUGAGUUCAUGUCCUGGCAGCACACAGCCAUUCAGCAGCCCAUGAGCAAGUUACUCUGGAUCAAGUUGCUGAUCCCAAUGAUCACGGGAGAGGAGGUUUCACUGGAGAAGACAAACCAGGUACUCGAAGAGGUGAAGAAAAACCUUCAGUUAUUCGAGGAGAAGUUUCUGCAAGACAGGAUGUUCAUCACAGGGGACCACAUCUCACUGGCCGAUCUGGUGGCCCUGGAGGAGAUGAUGCAGCCCAUGGGGGGCAAUCACAAUGUCUUCCUUAGCAGCUCCAAGCUGGCGGAGUGGCGCAUGCGGGUUGAGCUGUACAUUGGCUCUGGUCUCUUCUGGGAGGCCCAUGACCGGCUGGUGAAGUUAGCAGAGUGGGACGUUUCAACGUUGGAUCCCAUGGUCAAGGAGCGGAUCUGCAAGUUUCUGGAGACUUACAAGUGA